AUGCCCUCCCUCCUCUCCCCCUUCGCCGCCGGCGACUGCUCCGCCGAUAAGUUCGACCCCGACUACCUCUACUUCCUCCGCCACCUUCGCACCGAAGGCAGCUCCUAUGUCCUCGAGCUCCCGCCCGGCGGCGCCUCCCCUGCCCCCGUCAUCAGGUACGAGUCCCCCAUCGCCAUCUCUGACGGCGAAUGCGUCUCGGACCCCUCCCCGGGCGGCGCAAGCGCCAACCGCCGGUCGGAAGAGAGGGACUCGUCGGUGGAGACGCCCCCCUCGUGGAUCGACUCCAUCGUCGACAUCGACGAGGAUUACCGCCUUUUCCUGCACCACACGUGCGUGGUGAAUAACCGCCUGAAGCUCCAGAUGGGGGGCGUCGUUGUGGACUACGAGCCGGACCCGGACGCCGCGCAAUCUGGAGGCAGCAGCGGGAUCGAGGAGCAAUCGGAGAAAGAGGCGGCCGUUGCUUCCUCGGGGGUAGAGGAGCAGGCAGUCGACUCAGAUGUGCCGGUUGUAAUCAUGCCGGAGCCGAACGCCUACGACUGGCGUGCGGAUCCAGCCCCUCGUCAAAGGAUGCAGGGUCAGGAAGAUAUUGGGCACAAGGAUGCUCAGCCUCGCGUUGCUUCGUCACAUAGAUCAGAUGUUAUAUGGCCUCCACAUAUCAACCGUAGGCCAGAUUCAGACUUCAAGCGAAGAUUGAUGGAUGCUCUUCAGAAGCCAUUUAGCCGGAAAGAGUAUAUUAAGCUGUUUGACAUGGCUUCUAUUCGUACUCCUUUAGUGAAGUUGCGACAGGUGCGCAAUGAUGCAAAAUUCUACCCUACCGAGGAGAUGGGCAAUUCAUAUUUUGAUCAUUACCCAGGUAUGCUAUCAUGUGUAUACACUGACAAGUACUGUAUCUUUUGUGUCACCUGUUUUAUAGGACUGCCUUUUGCAAUCUUUCCCUUCAGAAAUUUGUUUCUUAUUGUUAUCAUAAUAAAUCAACCGGGUAAAGUAAAUUCUGCUGAACUGUACUUUUUACCCCUCAUGGACAUUUCUGUAUUGAGCUUGACGACACAGUGCUGUGUUGUUUUAACAAUCCCCGAUAUCAUGAAUUAUCCUGUAGUGCUGAAAUUGCAGUGCAGUAUAGGCUAUGCAUCGUUGUAA